AUGGAAGAAACAAAAGCCCUAGCCAUGAAUCCCCGUUCUCUACCCCUCUUCAUAUUGUCCACCUUCCUCCUCUCCUUCUUCUUCAUUAAUGGUGCAAAUGGGGAUAGCAAUCUCGUGACAAAGGUUUGCAAAGUCUCAGCCGAAAGGGACCCAAACCUCAAAUAUACUUUUUGUUUGGAGUCCUUCCAAGCAGUCCCAAACAGCCAAAAUGCAACCCUAAGAGGGCUAGGGUUUAUCUCUGUGAAGCUAACCCACUACAACACAGUUCGUGUUCUUACGCUUAUCAAGGAACUCUUGAACAAGAAUUCGGAUAAUAAGAGUAGAGGCAGGUUGCAGGACUGCUUGAGCGUGUACUCUAGGGCUGUGUAUGACACAAGGGAUGCCCUUCUUGCUUUUCGGUCCGGAGAUUAUCAAUCUGCCAACAUGCAUGUGAGUGCAUCAAUGGAUGCAUCCAAGGUAUGUGAAGACGGGUUUGCGAUGAGUACAGAAGGUGCAAGACCUCCUUUGGGAAAUAACAAUAAGGAGAUAUUUGGAUUAAGUGCUGUGGCUUUGUUCAUAAUUAACAUGCUUGCAAAGUAA